GAAGGAAGAAGAAGAAGAAAAUCUCCCGCGCCACGAUUAACUAAUAUAACAGUUUCUUUUCCGCAAGGUUUAGCAUCAGACUCAGAGAUUUCAAUUCCAGAAAUGACCAUCGCCAUGUUCACGAAAUCAGCAGCCGCGGCGGCCGGGACCCAACGGCUGCUGGGCAAAGACGACAUCUACGUCGCGGCGGUGCCUCUUAGAGCCGCCAAAGGACCGCCGCAGCUGCUGAUGUCCGCGGCUUACUCACUCAACCUCAGCUGGGACUUGCAGCAUUUCAUGGUCAUCAUCAAACCCACUUCGCCACCGCAGCAGGCUGCUGUUGUGUUCGAUUUUCAGCCCAGGGAUCCUGAAGAUGUGCUUACGGCUCUUGCGGUGAUAUCUGGCAGAUCAGUACCUGGGGCAGUGUUCCGCAGAACCUUGAAAGGCCUGCCCAGAAGACGAUGUUGGUACGUUGGCUCGUCGGAAUAUGGUGAGCAAGUUGCUGCCAAGUUCAGUGAGAAGUGGAGCACCUACCUGAAAGUUGGGAAUCAUGACUGCCGACAUUUCACGAACGGGUUGGUGGAACUUCUCACUGGUGAAGAGCUGGUUCUCGAGAAGCUAAGGACGAAUGUGUUGAUGGAGAGCAAUACCAGCUAAAGAAAGGAUGCAUCGUACAUAUAUUUCGUAACGAAAGGAUGCCUCCAGGAAUCUAACGAGAAGUAUUGAUUUUGGGUUGGGAAAAGCGUUGUUUGGAUUAAGUAUCAGUUAAAAUACAGACGGCUAAUCCAUGUGUAUCACAAUUCACAAGCAGCUACUCUCCAAAGAUUUUAUGGGUUUGCUAGUAAUAUAUAUACAUACAAUAUGGUACACCGAUAUGCUGGCUGC